AUCCGACUCUAAUAGUUGCACCUGCUCUUACGCUCGUAUCCGUAUCUUUCGAAUCGGUAGUGAAUUCCUAUUUAUCAAUCGGAAAUCUGUGAAACACAUGUAGCACACAUCGCCUCGAUUUCGAACUUAGAUCCUCGAUCGUUAUGGAGAUAACAGGUUUGAUUUUGGGCGUCAUUGUUUUUGGAGUCAUCGCCUGUCGGUUACUCAGCGUCAUAUACUACUGGCGUAACAAAGGCGUUCCUUCCGCGAGGAUAGUGCCUUUCUUCGGCAGCUAUUCGUCGCUGCUCGCGAAGAGACUCACCUUUUCCGGGUUUCAACAACACAUCUAUCGCACAAAUGAGGCGGCAAAGUACAUAGGGAUGAUGGAUUUCCGCACGCCCGCCAUCCUCGUCAAAGAUCCCGAGCUCAUUAAACAAUUCGCCGUUAAAGACUUCGACGCCUUUCCGGACCACAAGAGAAUGAUCGGAGCGUCGGCGGACUCUUUGUUCGGUAAUAUGCUGUUCUUCCUUACGGGUGAACGCUGGAAGCAGCUACGCGUAGCGAUAAGUUCGACCUUGACUCCUAGCAAUAUGAAGAUCAUGUGGCAUUCGGUUUCCGAAAUCUCUGCAGAUUUGUCGACGUACUUGAAGCAACACCCCGAGCAUACCAAGUCGAUUGAGAUGAAAGACGCUUUCAGGCGAAUCACAGCUGAGACCAUAGCCACGAUGAUAUUCGGUAUGAAAAUUGACUGUGUGAAAAAUGAGAGAAAUAAAUUUUACGAGUGGAUAUUAACGGCGACAAAAAUUGACUCGACCUUAGCGUAUAUGAAAUACACGUUAUACCGGGGAUUGCCUCCGAUCGCAAAAUUGUUCCGGCUGUCAAUAAUCUCUGAAAAGUCCGUCAAGUUCUUCAGGAAUCUGCUCGUCAAUAAUCUGAACAAACGGAAGAAUUCGCAACUCGAUAAACCAGACUUCGUUCAGCUAUUUUUGGCAGCCAGAGCGAAAAGAGUCGAUUCGAAAAUCUCCGUUGACGAUCUGAUGAUACAGCUGUAUAACUUGGUGUUCGGUGGCUUCGAUACCUCGUCCACCCUGAUGUGUUACGUUGCGUACGAACUGGCCGUCAAUCCGAAUAUCCAGAGCAGAUUACGCCUGGAAAUCGACCAGUGUCUACGCGAUGGCAACGGUGUCAUUUCCUACGAGUCGCUCACGUCGCUCAAGUAUCUGGACGCUGUCGUCUGCGAAACACUCAGAAAGUAUCCACCCCUUCCUUGGACCGACAGGAUCUGUCGGAAGACCUACGAACUACCCGAAGCGGUACCCGGAGGUCCACCGGUCACCCUCGAGCCGAACACGGUGAUCUUCUUUCCCAUCUACGCCAUCCAGAACGACCCGAAACACUUUCCGAAUCCAGAAAUAUUCGAUCCCGAAAGAUUCAGCGACGAAAACAAAGCCAAGAUAUUACCGUACACGUACAUUCCUUUCGGAGCCGGGCCUAGAAUGUGUCUCGGUCAACGGUACGCCGUUAUGGUGACAAAAGUUAUCCUGGCUGAUCUUAUUGCCAAGUUCGUCCUGAAACCAACGUCGAUGACUCCGGUUCCCCUGAAGUUUGCCCAAAGAACGCCCGGCUUGACGAUAGAGGGUGAUCUCUGCCUCGAAUUGACCCCGAGAGAACAUUGAAGAUCCUGCUGGUUCGCGGUGGACAUGCCGACCGGCAUAACUACCGCGUGGUAAUAAUUCUGCUCUAAAUCUAACUACGAUGCGCUACUGUUUCCAAACUUGUGACGGAAAUAAGGAAGCGGAGUGGAUGACGUUCCCGAGUGCAACGAGCAGAUUUCGAAUUCGAUCGUUCGAGUUCGCGAAGAUCCCCCGAUUCCUCCGUAGUGUCCAACAAGAAGAUCUCAGCAGGGUGAAUUCGACGGUCGAAGAUGGGAACCAAAGAAAUUUAUUUAAGGAGCAACCCUUGGCGGACAGUGUAACAGAAAUAAGAAUAAACCCGAAACGUGUUCUCCAUUCCUUGUCCGUCGAUAUCUGCGA